GGCCCCCGAACUGUGUCCUAGGUCAGGGAAGCCUGGAAGCAGGGACCUAAGGCUCCGAGUGGGCACCUGCUGGCAGGGGAAGGGUUAGCCGCUCUCAGCGGAGCGGGAAGACCAGCGCUGCCUCCGCCAUGCUCCGUACACUGGCCCGGGCCGCGACUGUAGGGCUCGGGGCGACCUGGACGCGGUGGUCCGGGAGCCGGGCGGGGGUCCUGGCCCACGUGGUGGACCUGCGCAGCGACACAGUGACCACGCCCAGGCCGGCCAUGAGGCGCGCCAUGGCCGAGGCAGUCGUGGGGGACGAUGACUACGGCGAGGACCCGACGGUCCGCGAGCUACAGGAGAAGACUGCAGAGCUGCUUGGGGUGGAACAGACUCUGUUUGUGCCCACCAACACUAUGGCCAACCUCAUUGCUGUGAUGGGUCACUGCCGGCGCCGGGGCUCCCAGGUCCUCCUCGGGCAGGAGUGCCACCUCCAGGUCUAUGAGCAGGGCGGGUUGGCCCAGCUUGCUGGGGUGCUCUCCCACCCACUCCCAGACCUGCCGCACGGCAUGCUGGACCUGGCUGAGCUGGAGAGGGUGCUUGCUCGGGGCCAUGGGAGCCCCUACCACCCUGUCUGUGAGCUUGUAUGCAUGGAGAACACACACAGCAGCUCGGGAGGCCGGGUCCUGCCCAUUGACUACCUCCGCCAGGUGCACCUCCUGGCCAGGACCUACGGGGCCCGCGUCCACCUGGAUGGGGCCCGGCUGAUGAAUGCAGCAGUGGCUCUGCACAUGCCCCCUGCCCGCAUUGUGGAGCACUGUGACUCUGUGUCUUUCUGUUUCUCCAAGGGCUUGGGUGCACCACUGGGUGCCCUAAUAGGAGGCCCCAAGGACUUCAUUGAAGAAGCCUGGCGCUUCCGGAAAGCCCUGGGCGGGGGCAUGCACCAGUCUGGGGUGCUGGCUGCCGCAGCCCUGGUGGGCCUUGCUGACGCCAAGGAGAUACUGCUGCAGGACCAUGGGAAUGCGCAGAGAUUCGCCAAAGGUCUCCGAGACCUGGCGUCGCCCAUCUGCUUUGUGGAUCCUGCCACUGUGGAGACCAACAUGGUGCUAGUGCGGGUGGAUGGGCCGUCACCCACGGAGCUGUGCCAGCGCCUGCAGACUGUGAGCCCCGAGGAGGUGGCACAGACUGGUCAUGCUGUGCGUGUGCUGCUGUUUCCCUGGACAGAACGGUCAGUGCGUGCCGUGUGGCACCGUGGCGUCUCCACCGAGGACACUGACCUCGCCCUGAGGAAGUGGGAAUUUGUGCUGAGGCAGCUGGAGCUCUGAGCAAGGCCCGUGUCCUGGCUGGGACCAAAACGGAGAGAGGUGUGGCACAGUAGCCUGCCAGAAGUAAAGGUCAACCUCUGGGGGAGGUGACUCCGUCCAAGCCCCAGGUUUCUCUGCCAUGAUUCCUGGGUGACAUCCCCACUUGGUCGGAAAUAACCAGGCAUAGGGUCAGAUAAGAUGCAACCAAAAAUCAAGGCAAAAUACCAAACAGACUUGUAGGUGAUGAGGAUAAUGCAGUUAUGAGAUAUAGGACUUAAAGUAAAAUAUUUAAGGAAUUUCAAGGCAAGUUAAAAAUUUAACAGAACUUGAAACUGUAAAAUGACUCCAUGGAAAUUUUAGAAACAAAAUCAUAAUAAAUUAAGACCUCAGUGGAUGGGCCUGAUAGCAGGUGAGACACAGCUGAAGAGACAAUUAGUGAUGUGGGCAGCAAGUCAGGAGAAGAUAUAUCUCGAUAAACAGACCCAAAGUUGGUAUUUCGAAGGGAGUAACCAAAUUGAUGAUAACUUCCUGGUAGACUGAUCAAAAAUCAGACAGGGAGCACAGAUCAUUGUUUAGUGUAUGUAUUUGUUUUUUGUUUUGAGGCAGAGUCUCAAGAUGUAGUUCAGGCUGGUCUUGAACUCAUCGGGAUCCUCCUGCCUCAGCCUCCCAAGUAUUAGGAUUACAGGCAUGUGCUACCAUGCCCAGCUUGUCUUAUGGAUUGUUUUUAAUGGUAGAAAAAGAAUAAAAAUUACUUGUAUUUUUAUCAUCCUGGAAUAAUCACCA